GAGCGGAGCGGGCCGGGCGCCUGGGGCUGCCGGGCGGGGGCUCAGGGCAGCGGCGGCCGCCAUCGCCAGAGGGAGCCCCGAGCGGGCGGCGGCGCUGCCUCCGGGACCCCCGGGGGGCACAGGGCCCCGCUCCGCCUCCCCUCACCCCCGCCUCCCCCCUCCUCGCCCCCCCGGCUUCCCACCACGGCCGCUCUCGGCGAGGAAACUCUGGCCUCCGCUUCCUCCUCCUCCGACUCGGACACCGGCGGAGCCUCCCCGCCCCCGCGGAAGAAAGCCCGGGCCUCCCCGGCGGCGGCGGUGGAGGGAGCAGGAGAGCCCGGGGCUUCCGCGGGCAGAGCAGGCCUCACCUCGUCCCAGUCCCCCUCGCUCCCCGCCGGGCUCGCCCCCGCCGCCGCCCCGCUCAGAGGCAGCGGCGUCAGCAGCGCCAUGCAGGCCAACGGGGCAGGAGGGGGCCAGCAGCAGCAGCAGCAGCCGUCGCAGGGGCCGGCGGGCCCGGAGCUGGGCUGCCUGGGCGCCCAGAAUGGCGAGGCCUCGACGGGCACGGCCGCCGGCGACCAGCUGGCCCACGCCAACGGGCUGCUGCCCUCGGCCAACAGUGGCGGCGGCAGCCCCGGCGGCCUUAGCGUCAACAACGGGGUGCCCGCCGCCGGGGGCCCCGGCCCGGCCGCCGCGGAGCUGGGGGGCGGCGGCGGCGGCAGCGCCCUGAAGAAGAAGAAGCGGCUCUCGCAGUCCGACGAGGACGUGAUCCGGCUGAUCGGGCAGCACCUCCACGGCCUGGGCCUCAACCAGACUGUUGAUCUUCUCAUGCAAGAGUCAGGAUGUCGUUUAGAACAUCCUUCUGCUACCAAAUUCCGCAAUCAUGUCAUGGAAGGAGAAUGGGAUAAGGCUGAGAACGACCUGAAUGAACUUAAGGCCUUAGUGCAUUCUCCGCAUGCAAUUGUGAGGAUGAAGUUUUUGCUGCUGCAGCAGAAGUACCUGGAAUACCUGGAGGAUGGCAAGGUCCUGGAGGCACUUCAGGUUCUACGCUGUGAACUGACGCCUCUGAAAUAUAAUACAGAACGCAUUCAUGUCCUCAGUGGGUAUCUGAUGUGUAGCCAUGCAGAAGACUUGCGUGCAAAAGCAGAGUGGGAAGGGAAAGGAACAGCUUCCAGAUCUAAACUUUUGGACAAACUCCAGACAUACCUACCCCCAUCAGUGAUGCUUCCUCCAAGGCGUUUACAGAACCUGCUACGUCAGGCUGUGGAACUACAACGGGACCGGUGCCUAUAUCAUAAUACGAAACUAGAUAGUAAUCUAGAUUCUGUCUCGCUGCUAAUAGAUCACGUUUGUAGUAGGGGUCUGAGAUCAGUAUGUGGUGCGCUGUACAUGCUGCCAUGCUUGGGCAUAAUAAGGAAACAGUUCCCAUGCUAUACACAGCAGAUACUAACGGAGCACUGUAAUGAAGUGUGGUUCUGUAAAUUCUCCAAUGAUGGCACUAAACUAGCAACAGGAUCUAAGGACACAACUGUUAUUAUAUGGCAGGUUGAUCCAGAUACUCACCAGCUAAAACUACUUAAGACAUUAGAAGGUCAUGCGUAUGGUGUCUCUUAUAUUGCUUGGAGUCCAGAUGACAACUAUCUUGUUGCCUGUGGCCCAGAUGAUUGUUCUGAGCUUUGGCUCUGGAAUGUACAAACUGGGGAGCUGAGGACAAAGAUGAGCCAAUCUCAUGAAGAUAGUUUAACAAGCGUGGCCUGGAAUCCUGAUGGGAAGCGUUUUGUCACAGGAGGUCAGCGUGGACAGUUCUAUCAAUGUGAUUUAGAUGGUAAUCUCCUUGACUCCUGGGAAGGGGUGAGAGUACAAUGCCUUUGGUGCUUGAGUGAUGGGAAAACUGUUCUAGCAUCGGACACACACCAGCGAAUUCGGGGUUAUAACUUUGAGGAUCUUACAGACAGGAACAUAGUACAAGAAGAUCACCCUAUUAUGUCGUUUACUAUUUCAAAAAAUGGCCGUUUAGCUUUGUUAAAUGUAGCAACUCAGGGAGUUCACUUAUGGGAUUUACAAGACAGAGUUUUAGUGAGAAAGUAUCAAGGUGUUACACAAGGAUUUUACACAAUCCACUCGUGUUUUGGAGGUCAUAAUGAAGAUUUCAUCGCGAGUGGCAGCGAAGAUCACAAAGUAUAUAUUUGGCACAAGCGUAGUGAGCUGCCAAUUGCGGAGCUGACAGGGCACACACGUACUGUUAAUUGUGUGAGCUGGAACCCGCAGAUUCCAUCCAUGAUGGCCAGCGCCUCUGACGAUGGCACUGUUAGAAUAUGGGGACCAGCGCCUUUCGUAGACAACCAGGAUAUUGAAGAGGAAUGCAGUAGCAUGGAUAGUUGAUGGCGAAUUCGGAGCAGACGACUUCAGUUUAACUUAAUUAGUCGUAUUUUAAAUGGCUUGGGAUUUGGUGCAAACAAACAUGAUUGAUAGCUGGACAGACAUGCUCGUCAUGAAAAAGAACCAUUUCUGAAGCCCGGUUGGGGCCAAACAUUUACCACCUUGCUUCAUAGUAACCAGUCGAGAUGAAGCACGUCGUUAGAACGUUGUUGGACACCGUGUUGAAAUUACCCCCCCAUCGGUUGUGAAGAACUGUGCUACAUUCAGGCUAACCAUUGAACUCAGUAUAUAUAUUUUUCCCUCCUGCCUUUUUGUCUGGCAGGCUACUGUUCUUGUUGCUCUUCUGUGUAAUGAAGUUUAAAUGCUUGUUUGGAACACUUUAUUUAACAGUUUAGAAGGCUUGAUAGAAAGAGUGCUUUAGUCUGAAGAGUAUACAUUGGAUAGGAAAGUAUUUCCUUCUCUUGUUUCUCAAGUCUCUCUCCGCCUUACUUAGCUUGAGAUCUUUGCAGCUUGGUUCAUGGAUUCUAGCCUUGCCCGUUGCGCAGUAUAUAUAAAUUGAGAUGAUAAACCAAUGAACUAUGUCAAAAGCACUCUCAGUAUCACAUUUGACAAAAAGUUUUGUACUUUUCACAUAGCUCGUUGCCCUGCAAAGGGGUUAACAGCACAAUUUUUUAAAAAUAAAUUAUUUAUAGGAUUAAAAUGACUUCAUUUGUAUACAUUUGGAAUUAAAACGAUGCAAGAAAUGUCAUGAAACAGGUAUCACUGAUGCUUUUCUGGAGUGUCUUGAGACCCAAUCAAAAGCAGUGGCUGGAAGGAGCUUUACGUAGGCAGUGAAGCUUGGUUUUAGAUGGAGGAACUAACUGUCCAUCUUAACAGAAACUGUAUUAUUUGGGGGGGGGUGGAAAAAAAGCGUUCAGAGUGCACCACCAGACUAAGAGUUUAAACAAGACAAGGUCUUUCUGGUUUUUAAAUUACAAAAAUGCACACGACAAUGCUGGUGUAAAAGGUAGACUACGCCUCAAGGGAAGAAUGAGUUGAAAGAGUCCUUUCUUCACAAAGUCAACAUUUUGUAAAAGUGAUUAACAUCAAGUCAUAAUUAAAUACUUGUAUUAUGAUGGAAUUUUUUCCUUUAUUUGAUAAGCAAAGGUGUAUAAAUUUUCUUUUUUGAGAAUAUACUUCUAAGUUUGCAGAUUAAAAUGCCUCUCCCAGACCUUGUUGCAAGCUGGUGCUGUGGACAUCUUGACAUAUCUAGGAAUAGUUCCACUAAUAUCCCAUGUUAAGAAAAGAGAAAGAUGUUAAUAAUUUAACUAUUUAUUCUUUUUGACAUAAACAGAUGGCCUGGCAUUGCUGUGCUUCUGCACUACACACAAAUUCAUUAUGGGAUGGCACCACCUUCAGUGGACAGGUAGCAUUGGUACUACUGUGAAGUAAAGAGGGAGCAGGGAAAGGCAUGCCACCAAGAACCGAUGCAAACAAAAGUGUGGACUUCAUGAGAUAAUCUAGUGUCCUUGCUAGUCAUGUGUGGAAGAAGGGUGGGGGAAGGUUUGCCGGAGUUCCUGGGAAGAGAAGUGUAGCCACUUCGGUGAAUGGGAACGUGGCGGUUAACAGGAACAGUCCCUUUUUUCUUUCCCAGAAAAACAAAGCGCAGCUCAGCAGGUUAGGUUUGGUUUUGGGGGUUUUUUUAGACUCUAGCCGUCAGGUGGUGGGGGUUUUUUCUUGCCUUGUGUGUAAACUUAAACAUGAUUGAAGGUUCUGAUGCUUUGGUUGAGACCAGCCCUGAAUCUGACAUACUCCUUCCUUAGUACCUCAGAAAUUAAGUAGGAACUUAACGUUCUUACCUGCAAUCUAGUACAUUUGCCUCAAAAUGAAGGUGAAUUUCUUUCAUAGCAGUUACUGUUCCACGUUACUAGGAAUACAUGUGUGAACUUAAGACUACAAAUCAGUUCCUUCUUCCAUUAGCUAGUUCUGGAGGAAGCUGGAUGUUUCUUCUCGGUUCAGACAGCGUAAGAUUAGUCAGUCUUGGUCCUGCGGCGGCAGCGUUGCAGGGAGACAACUUCCCAAGGUCAAAUUUGAGUAAGCUAAACCUUUGGGUCUUAAAUAAAAAUUGAACACCUAAAUUGUAAACCAGUGUUGUAUGUGUUCAGAACACCUGUGGCAGUGACGCUAGUAUUGUCGUACUUGGGAACUUAGAUUUUUUUCAAACAAAACGUUAUAUAGGGAGUGUUGGGAGAAUAAUCCUCGUUGUGAUGUCUGAAUGUCUUGUGCAAUGGUCUGGCACUACUUGCCUCAUACUCACAGGACUAAAGCAGGAACUUUAGGCGGGUGGUGAAGGCUGGCUUGAAUCUCAAAUUUAGGUUUAAAAUCUCAUAUGCACUUCAACAGGUGGUGUUAAUGUGGUGGCCAUAAGUAAAUAAGGUGAGAUUCCUUACCUGAUACAGGCUGCGGGGUGGGGGGUGUGCGUGUGGUGUGGGCCGAGGCCUACUUUCCACUGCAAUUCCUGGUAAUUAGGAAUUUAAACCUAGUAUUUCUGCCAAAAUACUGCCCCUCUGUUCUGGGGUUUCUCUUCUGGGCUUGGGCUGUACCUCUAAAAUAUAUUUCAGGUAUUUAGAAGCGGAGUUAGGGAGGAGCACGCGUUCUGCUAUCUCCACUUUAGUUUUGUGGUGCAGCGAUGCCAUGGAGAGGAAAGCUCUGUGUAGGUGGCACAGUUUCCAGAGCGUCUCGGUGAGAGCAUGUUGCGUAGCGCUCUGCUGCUCGCAGGUGAUGGGCAGAGGUGAGAGCAAGGUGAGAGAAACCUUCAUUUCGCCAUGUAACUUGGUCCCGCAGCAAACGGACCUUACAGACCUAGCGGUAACGCCUGCCAUUCCAGCCUGUAGGUUAUAGAGGAACCUAAACUAUCUCUUAACACGUCACGUAUUUAUUCACACUAUGUGAAUUGAAAAGUACCAAUACUUUUUGUGCACAGACUGUAAAAUGAGACUCUGUGGUGGUGGUGGUGGUGAAACAAUUAAGUUUGCUUAUUUGCAACACGUUGAUUUCCAUGUGCUUAAAAAUGUUCGUAGGCUGGAGUCUUAAGGCUGGAACAAGUACGCACCCGCAAUAAAUUACUGUAUUUCUAGUCAACAGACCUGUGGUUUUAGAGAGGAAAAUACUGUAAGCGUCUACUCCUUUUGUAACUUUCUCUGGUCAACUGUCUGCUUAAAAUACUCACAGUAGCCCCAGGUUAUUGUUAAGGCAGAGCUUUUUUUUUUUUAAAAAAAAAACACGCUGAAGCAUUUUAUUAUCUGAAUGUUCUUUAGCUGUUCAGGUAAGUAAUUUUCAAGGCACAAAGGAGCACAAAAGGGAAAAAUGCUAGAUCUGUCCUUGUUUUGGAGGGGAGGGUAGUGGGGGGAAACGACACCUUUGUUUUUAAAUACCCUACUGUCUUCUCUAAAGUUCUCCAACCUUAAAGUUAACCUCUUUUUAUGAUGAGAGCAAAGAUGCAAGCUAGAAAUCUGUCCAGAUCUUGCCAGUUACUUCUCAACUUGGUUUCAAACAGGUAAUGUUUAAUAAAACUCCAAAUGUUGUUGGGAGUUCGUGGCUAGUUGUGUACUCUUGCACUGCGAAGUGAUGCUCCCACCCGAAAACAGUUUCGGAGGCUUCCUAGUGGGAAACCAGGACUCGUACAAGGAGCUGUAGUUUGAGGGGAGAUGCUGUAGACCCAAACGGGGAGGGAAGAGGAAUGGAUAUAAAAAGCAGGAUUUACUGCCCAACAGACAAACUACUGUAACUCAAAGGGGAGGAGGAUAAAUGCACUUUCAAUAGUUUGUCCAUAUUUUUAGCUACGAAACACACUUGUAUCCAAUUUUUUUUGAGACAACUAUUAAGAGGAACACUCAUCCCAUAAAUGGCUAAUCCUCCUUUUGACCUCCUCCUGUCUUUUCCACAUUGGCUCGAGUCCAUUUUCAGCUGCCAUACUUAAUUUUGAAAACUGCUACUUCUAAUGAUGUUUAGAAAGAAAAGAGAAAAAAAAUAAAUCGUUAACUGACACUUUUUUAAACAGGGUGGACUUAAUUGAAGUGUGCAGUGUUGAACUACUGCUGCAGUAGCUGCCUCUAGUUGUUGAAAUAAACUGUAGACAAGUUUUCUGUCUAUUAAUCCAGAUAAUCUGGAUUCAAGAAAACAUCUGUGAGAGUGUUCCUCCCAUCUGGUAUGAAUGUGCGUGUGCGUGUGUUCCAUGAACAGACAGAGAACCAAAUGUUCUAGGUACUUGUCAUGUUUUAUUGCAUACUUUUAAGUCGUGUGUAUGUGAAGUGUCCUUUGACCAGAAGGUUUUGGUUAAUAUCAGUAUAUUUUUAUAAAUUUGAAAUUCAUUGUGCCCCAUCUUCUUUCUUAAAACAUUUUUCAUUGUUAGGGUAUAUGUGCUAGAUUUGAAUCUUAACAUUUUUAGGCACAGAUGGAAAAAGUUAUUGGCUCCUUGAAAACAUAUGGGACAAAAUGGAUCCUCAAAGCAUGUAUGUACUUACAAACCAAGCUGUAGAGAUCAAGAAAAGAACUUUAUUGUUGAUCUCAAGAUUUCUAAAUUGUCAAGAUUUAUAUGGAGUUGUGGUGGAACUAGUUAACACUUAGAGCUUUUGGUAUGUAAUGACUAUUUGCUAUGGACUGAUAUUAAAUGUUUCAAAGGAUUGCGUUCUUAAACUUUCUGGAUUUUUGUUACUCUCCUCGGAUUAUAUUAAGUAGUUAAAAAUUUCUUUGCUAUAUUACAUUAAAAACAUAAGAACUUUGGGUCUCGGUAUUUAUUUUCACUUGUUUUACUAAUUAUUUACAGAACACCGUUUUAACUUUUUUAUUUUAUAAAUGUGUAGUAUUUUAAACAUAUCUUUAAAAAUUGUUCAAUUGGAACUACAUUAACUUCUGAUUUGUUUUUAUUAGGAUUUUUAAAAAAAAAAUACACUUUUUCCAUGUUGGUGCACAGCACUUAACAGAAAUGUUUGUAUUCCCUUUCUUUCGAUUCAAUAAACAGAAUAAAUAACUGGAA